AACCCUCUUCUCCAAAUUACCGAAAUACCCCCAUACAAACAAAAACUUCCAGUGUUGUAGCGUACAAAAAUCUCUGCGGUCGUUUCACCGUCCGUGCACUCACACAUAUAAAUAUUCCCACACAAAACAAAUAUUUCCCCGCAGAAAAAAAAAAGGAAAAAGAAAAAGAAAAACGAAACCUUCUAACUCUACCAGUGAAGAACUCGGCCGGGAACUGCCCAUCUUCACGGCGGCGAUUUGAGAUAGACGAACCGAAAUUAAGGGCUCUCUGGGAGUAUCUUUUUCGCACAGUGUUCCAAGAAGAAAAGGGGUUUUGAAAAUGAAGCCAUCGGCGAAGCCGAUUUCGAGUCCAGGCAGGACGGAGAAAUUUCCGCCGCCAUUGAUGAGGUUUUUGAGGAGCAAUGUGGGAAGUAAAAGCAGAGGAAGGUCGCGUGCGAGUCCGAUGAUGUUCAUGAGAAAGAAAAACAACGCCACCGCCAUUGAAACCCAAGAGCCUUCGUCCCCUAAAGUCACUUGCAUCGGCCAGGUCCGAGUUCGCCGCUCCUCCACGCGCCGUAGCAGACGUUCUGGUGCGCCUACGCGCCGCCGUUGCCGCUGGUUCCGAGCUGCUCUGUUAUGCCCCUGUUUUCGAAAAAAAAUCAAGCCCAAUUCUUCUCAAAUAUUUCAGAGAUGGGUCUCAUUUUUCCCAGUUGGGUUCCGCCGAAAAUCGAGAAGUAGAAAAAAAUCGCCGCCGCAUGAAACCCCCGUCCACGGCGGAUUUGAAAUUCCGAACUCAGAAACACAAGUUGUCGCCCCCAUCGACGAUGACGAAGGAGAAGAAACAGUCGAAACGUUCAUUUCUUCUCAUUCUUCGCCGCCCAAAAAUGCAUUGUUACUAACAAGAUGCAGAUCUGCUCCAUAUCGAUCGACAUCAUUAGCGAGUAGAUUUUGGGGCUCUCCUCUGAGAACCGAGAAAAAUCACGAAGAAGAGGAAGAAGAAGAAGAAGAAGAAGAACAGAGCACAAAGCCCAACAAUGGCGGCAAAACGGUCGAGAUUGAGAAACCCACAUCCCAAAGAGCCUCAGUUUCUGAUCAAGAUCCGAAUGGAGGCUUAGAAUUCGAGGAGGCCAAGAAAUUUAUGAAGAACAUCGACGACGAUUCUACCACAGAAAGAAUCAUCAAAUCGGGCAAUAUCGAACGAGAAAAAACAGGGGAAGAAGAAGAAGGACUGGGAAGCUCGUCUCGGCCCUUGAUUUUGACACGUUGCAAAUCUGCGCCGUCGAGAACGGCGGAGAAGAUGAACCCAGAACUGGGAUUCUGGAAAAAGAGAAGGUUGGGGAUUACUGAUUCAAGCUCGCCAAACAAUUCAUGAUAUAUAAACCAAAAAUAAACCACUUCAAAAUCUCAAUCUCCUUACUGUUUCAUUGUUU